CUUGUGAUCAGUUUGUGUGUUUGCAAAAAAAGAAAAAAAAAGGAAAGAAUCGAUUCAUAAUUAUACAUGCCUCGUGAUUUUAGAGAUAUAAUAAUUUCUCUUUUGGGUAGACUUAAACGAAUUUUUGGGUAGCCUGUAAAGCGUGGCAAAAUUAAUUUUUCCAUCAAAGAGGAAAGGGCCCAUCCUUCCUUCCUUCCUGCUCAUUCAUUCCCGCCGUCCAUAUUCUCUCUCAUUCAUUCCCGCCGUCCAUAUUUCUGCGGCCAUUUCAAUCUUUUUUUUUUGUUUUGGCCUUUUUCUAAUACAGCCAUUUCUACUUUUAAAACUUACUCGGUGUUGGCUCUGACCCAACUCCUUUCCCCCCUCCUAUAAAAAUCCCCACUUCUCUAGACUAGAUGAGGAAGAACAUCAUCCAUAUAUACUCUAUAUAUAUAUAUAUCCAUCCAUAAGGGCAUCUUUAAUCUCCUCGAACAUGAGGCUUUCCCCCAUCAACGGCGCCUCUUCAUUGACCUCCUCCUCAAAUAACAACGCCACUGACUUGGUUAAUCUGAUUAACAGUAAAAUCUUAUCACAAGGCCUUGAUGGGCUCAGCAGAAACUUCCAUUCCCAGAACUACCCCAUCAAGUGCCAGCCCAGCUCGGUAUGCUGCAGCAUCGCUGUCGCGUACCCCUCGGACCGUCUCAUACCACCUCACCACGUGGCAACUGCAGCACCACGAGCACCUCCCCAGAGGAUAUCCAAGAACUGGAUGGAGUACCAGGGGAUCAGCAACUGGGAAGGGUUGCUUGAUCCCCUUGACGACACCCUCCGGCGUGAGAUACUCCGCUAUGGUGAGUUUGUCGAGGCCGCAUACCGUGCGUUCGAUUUCAACCCCGAGUCUGAGACGUUCGCCACUUGCAAGCAUCCCCAGAGCUCCCUCCUCACCCGGUCAGGAAUACGGGAGACUGGGUACAGGCUGACGAGACACCUGCGGGCCACGUGUGGCGUCCAGCUCCCCCUGUGGAUGGACAGGAUGCCGAGCUGGAUGUCCACCCAGUCGAGCUGGAUUGGCUACGUGGCAGUCUGCCAGGAUAAGAAGGAGAUCUCGAGGCUGGGGAGGCGGGAUAUCGUGAUUGCCCUUCGUGGCACUGCCACCUGCCUUGAGUGGAUUGAGAAUCUCCGCGCCUCCUUGACAGGUCUACAUGGCGAUGUCGAGCAGGAUGAUGUUCCGAUGGUACAGAGCGGGUUCCUAAGCUUGUACACAUCGAGAACUUCCACGUCGCCAAGCCUGCAGGACGCUAUAAAGGAGGAGAUAGCGAGAAUCAUCAGAACAUACGGUGAUGAGCCCCUGAGCAUUACCCUCACAGGCCACAGCCUCGGUGCAGCAUUGGCUAAACUUGCAGCGUAUGACAUACGUACCACCUUUGACAAUGCACCCAUGGUGACUGUAGUUUCAUUCGGCGGUCCUCGUGUAGGGAACAUAAACUUCCGAUGUCGCCUGGAAGAUAGUGGAACAAAAAUAUUACGUAUCGUGAACUCGGAUGAUCUGGUCACCAAAGUGCCCGGUUUUGUGCUGGAGAACUCUGGAUUGCCAAAGAACAAGGCAGUCCAAGUAACAGGCUUCCCAAGCUGGUUCCAAAAGAGCGUGGAAGACAUGCGGUGGGUGUAUGCCGAUGUCGGGCAAGAACUACGGCUCAGCAGUCGCAUGUCUCCUUAUCACAGCAAGGGAAACAUGGCAACAUGCCACGAGCUUAGAACAUACCUCCAGCUGGUGAAUUGCUUCGUUAGCUCCGCAUGUCCCUUCAAAGCAACGGCAACAAGCUUGCUGAACUUUCACUAUCCCGAAAACUCGUUGCUUUGAUUGUUGAUACAAAACGUGUUAUUAAUUCGUACAUAAAUUAGAAGUAGGACCGAAGCUUGUGGGUCUCCACAAAUAAGAUGAUCCCACUCGACUGUACAAUGUAUCAGUUAGCGCUUCUCCCUUUCCAUGCAACGGACAGUGAUGAAAAUUUUGUACGAGUUUAUUGAUAAUUAGAUUGUUUGCAGCAACUGGACAUUUGUACUAAUAUUGCCACAAAAAUAUAUU